CAUUACUGACAGAGCGGCAGACUUGGUGUGAACUUCAGUGAAGCUUGAACGAGCAUUUCUCUGACUUUUAAAAUACAAACCUAACCUAACUUAUCUUGUCUGACUUAGAACUGGAAUCUGGUCUGUGAACGCAACAUUUGUUUUACCUGUUGAUUUUUGUUUCACUAUUUAAUAUUGAUUUUGUAUGUGAGUCUGUGUGAGAGCAAGUUUGACUCAGAGAUGGCUGAGGUACCGGCACGACAGCCGGUCGAAAUAGACCCGGAUUUUGAGCCUCUCAGCCGCCCGCGGUCCUGUACCUGGCCGCUGCCCCGGCCGGAGAUCAACGACCCGGCCAGCUCCAACACAUCCUCCCCGCUACCAUCGGUGCAUCAGGAUCCGGGAGGAAACUGCGAGUUCAUCAGUAAACUGGGCUUAUUGGAGGAGGACUAUGAAGAAUAUGCAGAGCAGAAACCGCAUGUGCCUUGCAAUGAUUUUCAGUGUCUGGGGGGAAACUGUGUGCAUCCCCACCACCUCCGCCACCAUCAUCAUCAUCCUCUGCAGCAGCAGCAGCAGCAGCAGCAGCUCCCGGGUCCGCAGCUGCCGCCUCAGCAACAGGUGCCUCUUACUGGGGGCGCACCCCUGGGCAGCUCCGGCCAGAGGAAGAGCAGCUCGUCCCGUCGCAACGCCUGGGGGAACAUGUCGUACGCUGACCUGAUCACCAAGGCGAUAGACAGCUCACCUGAGAAGAGACUGACACUGUCUCAGAUAUAUGACUGGAUGGUCAAGAAUGUGUCUUACUUCAAGGAUAAAGGAGACAGUAACAGCUCUGCGGGCUGGAAGAACUCCAUCAGACACAACCUGUCCCUGCACAGUCGCUUCAUGCGCAUACAAAACGAGGGAACAGGGAAAAGCUCCUGGUGGAUGCUAAACCCAGAGGGGGGAAAGAGCGGAAAGUCACCUCGACGCAGAGCUGCCUCUAUGGACAACAACAGUAAGUUUGCCAAGAGCAGAGGAAGGGCCACAAAGAAAAAGAUGGCUCUACAGGAAGGGGUUGAGGGAGGAGCAGGCAGCCCUGGCUCCCAGUACUCUCACUGGCUGGGAAGCCCAAACUCCCACAGUAACGAGGACUUUGAAGCUUGGAGCUCCUUUAGGACGCGCACCAGCUCUGACGCCAGCACCCUGAGUGGUUGCCAUUCGCCUUUCCCUUCUGAACAGGAUGACCUGGGAGAGUCUGAUGGCCAUAUGAUUUACCCCGGAGUGACUGGGACCAAGAUAACCUCCACCCUGCCCAGCCUGUCCGAGGUAGAUGGAUCGAUGGGCCAACAUGGCUCAGAGAACGUCAUGGAGAGUCUGCUGGGCAAUCUGAACCUGCUGUCUCCUAAAACAACACAGCUAGGUUCUGACACCUCACAUUCAUUAAACUCUGCCCUGCUUCGGAAUAGCCCCUACAUCUCCACUGGCUUGACCCCGCAUCCACAGAAGGACUACCAUAAGGGCAUGUACAGCCAGGUGAGGAUGAACUCCCUGUCCACUGGCCCCAUGCAGACGCUUCCAGAGACCAAGCCGGGUUUCAGGGUGUAUGAGAACCAGUAUAUCAGCCCUGCUGGCCUCCUCAAAGAGCUGCUGACCUCAGAGUCAGAGGCCAGCAGAGAUACACAGGCAUCUCAGGUUGGGAGGGGAGGUUGCCUAAUGCCCACUUUCAGCCACCGGAGCCACAGGGGGGGUCAUGAUGGAGUACAAAUGAUAAAUCCUCCUCAAAGUCUUCCAGCUCUUCAUGUAAAUCUGCACGCUAUACAUAGACAGGGUCCUUCAACUUCACACGAUUUGAAUAGCUGUAACACAAUCCCCCUGACUAAUCUGACUAGUCUUGCAGCGGCCCCUCGAAUGACCAGCCUAAGGACAUGCAUGCAGCUGCCCCGUGGACACCCAGCACACACUAACGCUGUUUCGGCAAGCUAUGGCAGCAACAACGGCUACAAGGAACUCAGCUCGGUUCACCCACACAGCCAUCAUCAGGAGCGGCUGCCCAGUGACCUAGAUAACAUGUCCAUUGAGAGGUUUGAAUGUGACAUGGAGACUGUCCUCCAUGAAACCCUCAUGGAUGGCGGGGCCCUGGACUUUAACUUUGACCCCGCAGCUGGAUUUCCUCAGAGGGUGAAGACCACCACACAUAGCUGGGUGUCAGGCUAGGAUGCAUGCUGGAUCACAAACAGGUUGGACUGACAAGUAGUCUGGCCGAGCUUAACACCGCUGAUCACCUUCUUUCAGAGGCCGGACAAUGUAAAUCCACAGAAGCCACCACCAUCACUCUCCACAGAGCAUCUGACAAAAAGUUAUUUUCAAAAAUGUGCACGUCUUGAGUUGCAGUUUCACGUAUAACAAUGCAUAAAAUGCAAUGUUUUUGCAGAGCUAGGGUCAAUGAAUUCAGAUCCACAUACUGACAUAAUACAAAACUGUUUUAUUAAUAAUGGUAUUGUACAUUUAAGAACUCUGCAGAGAGACAGUGAAUGAGAAACAAGACAGCAUUAACAGACUAGUCUUGUUUGCCACAUGUAACCACAUUGUGGGUGAUGGUGGUGAGGUGAAGAUGUUUUAAAAUCAUUUGUUUACGUG